GCUACGCGGCGGCUGAGCGGAGGCCUCGUGCCGUAACGGCCAUCGCGGCGGCCGCGGCGGCAUCCCGGUGCCCUCCUCAGAAUGUCAUAUGUAGCCUUUUGAAUCUGGCUCAGUGAGAUUGCCGGGUUGCAUGUGCAGAAGCUGCUGAAAAAUGGCAGAAGAAGUGGUGGUAGUAGCCAAAUUUGAUUAUGUGGCCCAACAAGAACAAGAGCUGGACAUCAAGAAGAAUGAGAGAUUGUGGCUUCUGGAUGAUUCUAAGUCCUGGUGGCGAGUUCGAAAUUCCAUGAAUAAAACGGGUUUUGUGCCUUCUAACUACGUGGAAAGGAAAAACAGUGCUCGGAAAGCAUCGAUUGUAAAAAACCUAAAGGAUACGUUAGGCAUUGGAAAAGUGAAAAGAAAACCUAGUGUGCCAGAUUCUGCAUCUCCUGCUGAUGAUAGCUUUGUUGACCCAGGGGAACGUCUGUAUGACCUCAACAUGCCUGCUUAUGUAAAAUUUAACUACAUGGCAGAGAGAGAGGAUGAAUUGUCAUUGAUAAAAGGGACAAAGGUGAUCGUCAUGGAGAAAUGCAGUGAUGGGUGGUGGCGGGGUAGCUACAAUGGACAUGUUGGAUGGUUCCCUUCAAACUAUGUGACUGAGGAAGGCGACAGCCCUUUGGGUGACCAUGUGGGUUCUUUGUCAGAGAAAUUAGCAGCAGUCGUCAGUAACCUAAAUGCUGGGCAAGUGUUACAUGUGGUACAGGCUCUUUACCCAUUCAGCUCAUCCAAUGAUGAAGAACUUAAUUUUGAGAAAGGCGAUGUAAUGGAUGUUAUUGAAAAACCUGAAAAUGACCCUGAGUGGUGGAAAUGCAGGAAGAUCAAUGGAAUGGUUGGUCUGGUGCCGAAAAACUAUGUUACCAUUAUGCAGAAUAAUCCAUUAACCUCAGGUUUGGAACCAUCGCCUCCACAGUGUGAUUACAUUAGGCCUUCACUCACUGGAAAGUUUGCUGGCAAUCCAUGGUAUUAUGGGAAAGUCACCAGGCACCAAGCAGAAAUGGCAUUAAAUGAAAGAGGGCAUGAAGGUGAUUUCCUCAUUCGUGAUAGUGAAUCUUCGCCAAAUGAUUUUUCAGUAUCACUAAAAGCACAAGGGAAAAACAAGCAUUUUAAAGUCCAACUAAAAGAGACUGUCUACUGCAUUGGGCAGCGUAAAUUCAGCACCAUGGAAGAACUUGUAGAACAUUACAAAAAGGCACCAAUUUUUACAAGUGAACAAGGAGAAAAAUUGUAUCUUAUCAAGCAUUUAUCAUGAUACUGCUGACCAGAAGUGACUGCUAUACAGUUGUAAUGCGUCAUGUAAUUGAAGACUGAGAAAAUAUCAGUCCAGUCAUGCUUGAUUGGAAAUUGCUGUUUCUAACUCUAUAUGAAAAUUGACUAUAAUACAUAAGUAUUUUUAUUAUAACUCAGUCCAUACAUAUAUACUACAUAUGCCAAACAUCUGCAUAGAGCAAUUCCUUAUCCUUGGUCUUUUGUUUUAUUGUUUUUUUUGCUCUUUUUCUUUUUGCUUCUAAUAUUAAGGUUUUAUAUUUUGAAAAAAUGAUGCAGAUCGAAAGUCUUUAUAUGGAAGAAUUUCUUUAUUGCCUUUCCUUUAUUUCCUUGUAAGGGCACCACCUUAGUUACUUCUGCAAUGGUUCUCUUCAUAUAAAAUUAUUAUAUCAAUUAUAUCAAUAUAUGGCAUAUGCUAAAAUAAAUUUCGUGGAGAGUUGUUAAUCUUUUCUGUGACUAAAUAGCAAUAAUAAAUGGAAAAUUAGAAAUUA